AUGGCGCCCGAUAGAGGAACAACGCCUCAUAGCCAGACAUCAACACCACGCGAGAGCUCGGAUUUGUCAGAAGAUCAUGAGUUGUCAGACACAUCAUCGCCAGGAGGGCAGGGGCCAGCAGUUGGUGACGCCGACGAUGAUUUAAGUCGCACACGAUCAGAUCAUGCAUGUUAUGGCAGUACGGUAGAUGCUGACUCGCCUCUCGACGGGACGAACUUCACUUUGCGAGGUCUGUUAGUAGGAACCGGAAUCGGGAUUAUCAUCUGCUUUUCCAACACAUACUUCGGCCUCCAGACAGGAUGGGUCUCUGGAAUGGCGAUGCCGGCAUCCUUGAUGGGCUUCGCGGUAUUCAAGUCCAUUUCGAGGAUCCUAACGUUGCCAUUCACACCUGUGGAAAAUGUGCUCGUCCAAACUGUGGCUGGAGCAGUCGGCACGAUGCCACUUGGUAUUGGCUUCGUAGGCGUCAUUCCAAGUCUGCAAUUCUUGCUCAAAGAAGAUGAGGGAGCGCCGCUUGACUUCAGUCUAUGGCGCCUGAUCGUCUGGGGCAUCGGUCUGUGCCUCUUCGGUGUGGCAUUCGGCAUGCCGUUGCGAAAGCAAGUCAUCAUUCGGGAAAGGCUAAAGUUUCCGAGUGGCACAGCAACGGCAUUGAUGAUUAGCGUACUACAUGGUGGCACUAGUCAGGGCGAUAAGCAAAGCGAUGGAAUUCGUACGCAAGGCACAGAAGAACGUGAGCAGCUUCUCAACGAAAAUGAGCAUGAAGACACAAACGAAGGCAAUGAGCGUGAUCAGCGAGCAGAUUGGAAGGCACAAAUCAAGAUGCUCCUGCAAGCUUGUGCAGGCUCGGGUCUCUAUACGCUCAUCCAGUAUUUUAUUCCGAUACUGCACAAGCUCCCAAUCUUUGGCAUGUACCUGGCCAAAACCUGGGUCUGGACACUCAAUCCGUCUCCGGCAUAUGUCGGUCAGGGCAUAAUCAUGGGACCGGCGACUACGCUGCACAUGCUGCUUGGUGCGAUAGUCGGCUGGGCGGUACUCAGUCCAGUUGCGAAGAGCAAUGGCUGGGCUCCCGGCGACGUCAACGACUGGGAGACUGGUAGCAGAGGUUGGAUCGUCUGGGUCAGUCUAGCGAUCAUGCUUGCAGAUGCAGUUGUCAAUCUUGGCUGGCUUCUACUGCGCCCAGCCAUCCACUAUGGGCCAGAGCUCGUUCGCGUGGUUCGACAACAGUAUCAACAGAAUCGACCUUGGGCAGACCUCCUAAAGAAGCCGAACAAGUAUCUUGCGCUCGACGGAGCUGACGACCAUGGGAAGUCCUCGUCAACAGAUCCACCGGACGAUGCACCACCACAUCACCUGGUUCCCAACAGUACUAUCGCGUGGUUUUUACCAUUGACCAUGAUCAUAUGUGUCGUCUGCGUCCACAUCACAUUCGGCGAGUACAUCUCCAUACCACUCAACAUUCUCUCGCUGCUCCUCUCCCUUGUCUUGGCCAUCAUGGGCGUUCGCGCCCUGGGCGAAACAGAUCUAAACCCAGUCUCCGGCAUCAGCAAGCUCACUCAACUGAUCUUUGCCGCCAUCGCGCCUUCCCGCAAUGCUGUCAUCAUCAACCUCAUUGCCGGCGCCGUCAGCGAAGCUGGUGCUCUCCAGGCAGGCGAUAUCCUUCAAGACCUCAAAGCCGGCCACCUCAUCGGCGCGAGCCCCGUGCACAGUUCUACGGACAAAUCAUCGGCAGUCUUGUCGGCGCCUUCGUUUCUGCCGCCGUCUACCAGCUCUAUGUAUCGGUCUACCCUAUCCCAGGCGACCUUUUCGCAACGCCGACAGCAUAUGUCUGGAUCUUCACAGCGCGUCUCGUCACUGGAAAAGGUCUUCCACCCAUGGCGUGGAAGUUUGCUGUCGCCUUCGGCGCCGUCUUCUCUGCCACGACGAUUUUGCGGAUCUACCUCCUCCAGUCGGAGAAAGCGUGGCACCGAAAGCUACACCCCUGGAUACCGGGAGGCAUAG